AUGUCUGACUCUGACAACAAGGUGCCGAGUUACUCACGAGAUGAAGUCGUUGCUGAGCUGUCGUCUUACUAUGAGUUUCUGACACGAAUUUUUCUUCCUCCGUCAGUAGUUCGAUACCCUCCCGAGGGCGGGUGGGAACAUAUUAACAGAGACUGGAUGAAGACCUUUGCCCUUGGCAAGAACGAUACAGUGAUUGAUCUGAUGAGGCAUAUCCCAUACAUCCGCCGCGACGAGGUCGACGACUUCGAACCGUGGCAGAUUUUCGAGAGGACAACCGCGGUUGACUGCGCGGGUGACAGAGCUUUGAACUUUCCUGGCGAAAGCCGAAGAGAAUUUUUGUUUGAGGGAUGGACGAUUAAAGUACCCGCGCACGUCUAUGUGCUGGCAAAUCAUCCUACCGGACGCGACGGUCACCACAUUUUCAUUGAUACGGCGCGCGGGACCGUCAUUCUUGCUGAUGUUCAAGUCGGGCCAAAGCCAACCAAACUGUCACAGGUUGACUCCCCUCCAGGCGAUGAAGAGUGGCAGGAGCAUGCCACCUACACAGUCACUGGCUUCUUCUCGAAGCUGAAGAAAAUGUGGAGAAACUUUGAACUCCAUGCCAUUGAGAGAAGAUCGAUCGAAUUGGGCCCUCCAGACAAGGGUAUCAUGAGAAUCUACCGUCAAGAGGGGCUCUUUACCGAAGGAUAUGACCGAGAGCGAUGCAUGGAUAGAGUAGAGAGAUACGUCAACUUGGAGUACUUUCAUUUUAGGCCUAUCGCAGGAAAGCGGAAGCACGGUGAUAUUUCAGAGUAA